CUAUCGCGCAUGCCCAGUAUUGCUGAUGACACCUCGACGGUUGUGGGGCAAGUAGGAAGUUUUAGCACAUAUUGCACAAGCAAAUAAUGAUAUAUCCUGCUUUAUUUUGGUUGUGGUGAUGUUUCAAUGUAUUGCGUCAGUUCACUGUAUAAUUCUGAGGGUGACAGACUUGUUUUCACGAAAUCAGAUAUGUUAUUCCGAUUAGCAACAGUAGGAACAGAAUCGACGCAGACGUGAGAAUUCCGAACCUUAGUCGGACAAAUAAUAAGCAUUUCACACUUGGAGCAGUUGGACAAAUAAACCGCUUCACACGUCUGUGGUGUUCAUGGGAUUACCGUGAAUUGUUGCUGCUUUUGUGGAGUUUAAAGUGAGGUGGUUUCUUAUCUCCAGUCACAUAUUCUAUGCUAGGAACUGUGCACAGAGUAUCCUAGUUCUCUGAAUUCAAGAUGUGUGCUGCGAUUGUGAACAAUUUCCUGCCCAACUCACCAAGUCAGGAGAGUUUAAAAUCUCCAGAAAGUGAGCACAAUCUGUUUGCUCCGGACAAUGACACUACACAAUGUAAUGGCGAUCCAGAUAGUCACUGCAGCGGCGUUGGUCUAAAGUAUCUCUUAGUAAGUCCAGAAGAAGAGACCUAUGAGUUUCUGCUGACUCAACUGAAACAAAGAUUAGAUGAUGGACAGGGGGAAACUAUCUACGUCAUUGGAGAAGGAGAUGGUUCUGAUAGUGGACUAACAUCAGAUGAACUUGCUGCCUCUGUAGCUACAUUACAGAGUAUAUCAACCCAGUUAGAGGCUGAUAUGGUGUUACUCAGAGAACGUACCAUACAAGGUGGUUUGUUGGCAGAGUACCUUGUCAGAAUGAAACCAGAUGAUCAAGAUUUCUAUGAAAUCAGGGUUGCUGUCGUUGGUAACGUAGAUGCCGGUAAAAGCACCUUACUGGGUGUGUUGACCCAUGGUGAACUUGAUAAUGGAAGAGGUUUUGCCAGGCAGAAAUUAUUUCGUCAUAAACAUGAAAUGGAGUCUGGCAGGACAAGUAGUGUUGGAAAUGAUAUCCUUGGCUUUAACAGCUGUGGUGAAGUUGUCAACAAAACAGACUCACAUGGUGGUGGUCUUGAUUGGACAAAGAUCUGUGAAGCGUCGGCUAAAGUGAUCACAUUUAUUGAUUUGGCCGGACAUGAGAGAUAUCUGAAAACCACGGUAUUCGGCAUGACAGGGCAUGCGCCUGAUUUUUGUAUGCUCAUGAUUGGCAGUAAUGCUGGUAUAGUUGGAAUGACUAAGGAACAUCUUGGAUUGGCAUUAGCACUCAGUGUUCCCGUCUUUGUUGUGGUCACUAAAAUUGACAUGUGUCCUCCAAAUGUCUUACUAGAAACACUCAAGUUACUUCAGAGGAUACUCAAAUCACCAGGAUGUAGAAAAAUUCCAGUUCUUGUAAACAACUCAGAUGAUGUGGUUGUUACAGCAACAAACUUCAGCUCAGAGAGAGUGUGCCCAAUCUUCCAAAUUUCAAAUGUCAGUGGUGAGAACUUAGGCUUACUCAAGAUGUUCUUAAACUUGCUGUCGACAAGAAUGGACGCAAACAUAAAGGAACCUGCUGAGUUUCAGAUUGAUGAUACAUACUCUGUACCAGGUGUUGGCACUGUAGUGAGUGGGACUACAUUGAAAGGAAUGAUCAAACUCAAUGAUAACCUGUUGUUAGGACCAGAUGCACUUGGACAAUUCUUACCGAUUGCUGUUAAGAGUAUUCAUAGAAAAAGACUGCCUGUAAAAAGUGUACGCGGUGGACAGACUGCCUCAUUUGCAUUAAAAAAGAUAAAAAGGAAAGACAUCAGAAAGGGUAUGGUGAUGGUUUCUCCAGCUGUACAACCCAAAGCAUGCUGGGAGUUUGAAGGAGAAAUACUUGUAUUGCAUCACCCUACUACAAUCAGUCCACGAUACCAAGCCAUGGUACAUUGUGGAAGUAUUCGGCAGACAGCUACUAUCAUUAACAUGAGUCAAGAUCAUCUGAGAACUGGUGAUAAAGCCAGUGUGAGAUUUCGAUUUAUAAAAAACCCAGAAUACAUCAAAGCCGACACAAGAAUGGUAUUCCGUGAAGGAAGAACAAAGGCUGUUGGCAGUAUCAGUAAAAUAUUUCCACAUGUAGUUGCUACAGCGCUAACAGCACGACAAAAACCUCACAAAAUGAGACACCAGCAGCAGUCUGCAAGUGGCAAAGCAUCUCAAGGAGAAGAGGCCACUGAUGGAAAGGGAAGAGGAAAAGGGUAUGGAAGGGGACGAAAUCGCGGAAGGCGGCGACACCAUAACCAACCAGAUAAUGCAACAUUAUCAACUUUGUCCACAGUGGAAACAAGUGCAGAAAAGACAACAUCUGUGUCGUCGUCAACGACUUCAACACCUGGGACUGCAGCUGAGCCUCUGAACACAGUAGUUCAUCCAACACCUAAAACUGAAUUGAAUAAUGGUAGUUGAUGCUUGAAACUAGCUUUAUAAAUCAAGAUAGGUCUGAUAACAAUGUUGUAGAACCAUUCAGUUGCCAUCAUUACGUUCUACUCUUCACCCUUAAACAAAUUCCCUAAUUUUAUUUUCUACUCAAUGUUUCUGGGAGAAUUGUUUUGUUUGUAAGAGUGUUUUUAAUAUUUCCAAACAUCUCAGCAAUGCUGUAAAUUAUUUGAUCAAAUUGCCUGCUGCAGUGUUUUUGUGAUCAAGCUACUCCUCCCCUCAACCUCAAAUCACGUAUACAAAGAAUAUUGAUUGCAGUGAUUGAAAUCUUCAUGGAAAAGUAAGGUUUAGGCACACCUCAAUUUUGUUUGACCUUGUUGGUUGUUAUGUGAAUGGCGCAGGCAACACUGCCAGUUCCACAUGAAGGUUGGAGGGGCUUGUAUUCACCUGUUUUCACCUGUUUUUCACAAAAUGGAACCCAUUUCAAAUGGUGCCCUGUAGAGAUGUCCUGCAAUUUAUGUAUGGAUACUAAGUUGAUAUUUUAGAAACAUUUUAAUAGGAAUAACAAAACAAAUUAGUGGAAAACUGAAUCUGGAAUAGUAAAAUCGCAAGCAUAUUUGUGGUGAUCUUUUUUUUUCAUGCAGAUUCAUUGCAAUCAAGUUCAUGGAAGCUGCCCAUCAGUUGUAUCUAUACAGUACACUGCACAACACAGCCAUAUAGUUUUACCAAUGGGUCAACGCCAGGUCAAACUAAUGCUCGCUACUUAUUUUCAUUUACUGUAGUGACUAUUAUGAGAUUAUAAUUUGAUAAAUGGUGGUCAUUUGAAAGUGUGUUUGGCCAGCUCUAUUAUCAAGUUGUGCUUAGUUUGUAUCAUAUUAGAGCUUCUGUUUUCAGCAUUAAAUAUUUGAUAAAUUGCAGCCAUAGUUUGAAUUUGCAUUGCAGCAGAGGCAACAACAAUAAUGUAUUACAAUUGAAUGUCAUUUGAUCUGAAGUAUGUUUUUGUAUUACAAAUGUCUGUUAAGCAGUGGGGAUACACUUUGACGACAUGCUCCUUACAGAUAUUGUGUGCGAUUUAUUGGAAUAUUACUUAUCAAAUGCCAGUUUUCAGAAUAAAAAUCUGUUUUUAAAUUGCUCAAUGACAUGGAUUACUAAGAAUCUACUUUUAAUGUUGAAGACUAGAGGCAUUUCCACUAUUUCAUGAAUUCUGUUGAAAUAACAAUUUGCAAACCUGAACAUUUGUGUAGGUUGAAGUCACCAGCAGAGGGCGCUUCUUUAUCACAAUAUUAUUGUAUCUGUGAGGGUUUUAGUACAUUCUUAUGAAUGUUUGUCACAAACUUUUUUUAAUUAAACUGAUUCUUCUUGACUGGCAUUACCAGUGAA